UUAAAUGUUAUGCGCCGCGCUAGUGUGACCCGCAAUCUGUGUAACAGGUUAAGAACUAGGGAAUGUCUGUACAUAGCGUUAUUUGAAAUAUAACAUAACUUGUCAGGUGAAUUAUGAAACAUGGCAGGAAUAUUUUGCAGGACUCUUGGAAAGUUUGCAGAUUCAAGUGAUUCCUGUUCCUGCUCAUGUUCAAAUGGCGACUGGACGGGAAAUUUACAUUUUUUCUCAUGUGACAAAUUCGAAUAUACACAAUGUAAUGUAUCAAUGUUCAUUCAACAUGAUGAGAUGAACAGAAAAUUGAAAGCUCUACUUGACGAUGAGACUAUUGAAACCAUGAAGAUAUACACAUCUUCAUUGAACAUCACAUGUGCUAAAUGCCUUUGCCAACACCAGUACAUUGUUUUUCGAACAAAAAGUUUGUGGUACUCACUUGAAAAGUUUCAACAAUGUAUAACCAUGCAACGAGGAUCAAAACAAGAAAUGGUCACUAACCAAAUAAUAGGCGAACCACGCAGGAGGCCAAAACAACAUAGUAUCGUUCUGGACCUCCCAAUGUAUACAAGCGUUCACUGGAUAAUACAAAUGCUCCAUACACGAGAAGAACUUCUUAAGCCAUACACAUUGUGGGAAAACAACUGCAUUCGUUUUGUUUGCGAUGUACGGCAAUCGUUGAGUGCGAUGAAGGAUAGAAGUGAGAGUGAAAGAAGUGUACUUUAUUUGAGAAAUUUGGGCAUAACACAUGUACAAUUUCUUAUGCAAUUUACGUCUUCAAAAACAUACCGCACCAUGUAUUUUGAUAGAGCCAUGCGGACAUCUGAGAUUCCGGACAAUGCAAUUAUAUACUACCCGCAUUUAUUGGACAAUCCGAUGGAUACUGUUUUAAUAUACGUUGCAAUAUCUAUAGGGUUCAUUGCAGCUUGUGUUGUUCAUGGUAAUCUUGAGCCUCUCAAAAGUGUUGUUGGAAUAAUGCUUUUAUAUGGUGGUAUAAAUAACCUGAGAAAAUCAUUCCAUUUUAAAGCUUUAAUUUGGUUAGUGUUUGGCAUGUUUUGUGUUUGUUUCAUAAUUUCAUAUGGUGGUUUAUAUUCGUUUAAACGUUUUGUUGUUAAUCUGUUUUUACAUGGUUUUGAAGUAUGUUCGUAUUUGUUUGUUAUUGCAUUAGGGCUUCUAUUACAUUUUAUCAAUACUACUAAAAAAGUAUUCAAUCAAUGAUUCCUUUAUCGUUCGAUAAUACAAUUAAUACAUGUAUUAUACUACUUAAAGGGACUUGUAUACAUUGCCAAAUUUUUUGGGUUAGUGUUUGGCAUGUUUUGUGUUUGUAUCAUAAUUUCAUAUGGUGGUAUAUAUUCGUUUAAACGUUUUGUUGUUAAUCUGUUUUUACAUGGUUUUGCAGUAUGUUCGUAUUUGUCUGUUAUUGCAGUAGGGCUUCUAUUACAUUUUAUCAAAACUACUAAAAAAGUAUUCAAUCAAUGAUUCCUUUAUCGUUCGAUAAUACAAGUAAUACAUGUUUUAUACUUCUUAAAGGGACUUGUAUACAUUGCCAAAUUUGUUAAUGCUAUCCCUUAAGCAAUCAAUUCAUGGACACUAUACGUCAAGAAGCAAACUACCAUCUUAUAGCAUAGACUCAUACUGAACAUUCAGAUCAUUUUAUAUAUUAGAUUUAUAUUAAACAUAAAUAUAUCAAGUGUUACAAACGCAAAAUGAUUUAAUAAUAUUUCAUAAAUAUGCUAUUUCUUUCAAUUUGUGUUAAAUCACUUAUGUUAAAUAUAACAUUUGCCUUUGGUAUAAUAGUCCGGACGGAAAAAAUAAAUUUAGACAAUAGCCGUUCCAUCCACAUUUCAUUUGUUUGGGCCCUGCUUUACACAAAGUUUUUUUCGUUCAAUGUGUA